AUGCAAGCAUGCUUCUUUCGUGCCCUUCAUAGACGCCUAGGCGCGUGUAACGUCAACGCGCCCAAAAUCAACCAUGCCUAUACACGCCUCUUCCACGCAUCGCCCUGCAGACUAGCUCAGGCCGCUAAGGUGCAAUCCGACCUCGAGAAACGAAUUGCCGCCAUCCCUAUAGAGCGCUUUCGCAACUUCUGCAUCGUCGCUCACGUCGACCAUGGAAAAAGUACCUUGAGUGACCGUCUGCUCGAGCUUACUGGUGUCAUUGAAAAAGGUGGAAAUGCCCAGAGUCUGGACAGGCUCGAUGUCGAGCGAGAAAGAGGUAUCACUGUCAAGGCCCAGACAUGUACCAUGCUAUACAAUCACAAAGGCCUGGACUACAUGUUGCACCUGGUCGAUACUCCUGGCCACGUCGACUUCAGAGCAGAGGUCUCAAGAAGUUACGCCAGCUGCGGCGGAGCUUUGCUAGUCGUUGAUGCAAGUCAGGGUGUCCAGGCACAGACUGUCGCCAAUUUCUACCUCGCUUUCUCCCAGGGCCUCACUCUUGUUCCCGUUAUCAACAAAAUCGAUCUGCCUACAGCCGACGCCCCGCGCGCACUUGAACAGAUCAAGGACACUUUCGAGUUGGACCCCAAAAAAGCAGUUUUAGUUUCAGCAAAGUCUGGUAUCAAUGUCGAAGCAUUGCUCCCUAGCGUCGUCGAGAACAUUCCCGCUCCUGUUGGAGAUGAAAACAAGCCGCUGCGUCUUCUCCUGGUAGAUUCGUGGUACGACAACUACAAGGGUGUCAUCUUGCUGGUCCGCAUUUUCCAAGGUCAGGUCAAGCCUGGCGAUCAUGUCACAUCAUUCGCUACUGGCAUCAAAUACUAUGUUGGCGAGGUCGGAAUCAUGUAUCCUCUGCAGACGCCCAUGUCGGUACUGCGCGCUGGUCAGGUCGGCUACAUCUACUUCAAUCCUGGAAUGAAGCGUUCGCAAGAUGCCAAAGUUGGCGACACCUAUACCACUGUCGGCUCUGAGAAGCUUGUGGAGAUGCUGCCUGGCUUUGAGGAGCCUAAACCCAUGGUUUUUGUUGCUGCUUUUCCCGUCGACCAGAGCAACUACGAACACUUGGAGGACAGCAUCAACCAGAUUGUGCUCAACGAUCGUAGUGUCUAUGUUCAGAAAGAGUCAUCGGAAGCUCUGGGUGCAGGCUGGCGUCUUGGCUUCUUGGGCACAUUACAUUGCUCUGUCUUCGAGGACCGUCUCCGACAAGAGCAUGGAGCGAGUAUCAUCAUCACUCCUCCGUCCGUGCCAUUCAAAAUCAUCGACCAGAAGGGCAAAGAGACAAUUGUCUCAAAUCCGAACGAUUUUCCUGAAACCGACACACUGCAUCAAAAGGUACAGGAGCUACAAGAACCGUUUGUCCUUGCCACCAUCACUAUGCCCGAGGAGUAUCUUGGCAAGGUCAUCGAACUGUGCGAAGGCAACAGAGGUGUACAACACGAGCUCACGUUCUUCACAUCAACACAAGUCAUUCUGAAAUACGAACUGCCGCUAGCGCAACUGGUAGAUGACUUCUUUGGCAAGCUUAAAGGCUUGACCAAAGGUUAUGCGUCCCUCGACUACGAGGAUGCUGGCUGGCGCAAAUCUAGCAUCAUUAAGCUGCAAUUGCACGUCAACAAAAUCCCUGUUGAUGCAGUCGCUCGUGUUUGUCACCACAGUCAAGCCGAGCGCAUCGGCAAGCAAUGGGUCACAAAAUUCAAGGAGCAUGUUGAUCGACAAAUGUUUGAAAUUGUCAUUCAAGCUGUUGCUGGCAGAAGAAUUGUGGCUCGUGAAACCAUCAAGCCUUUCCGAAAGGAUGUUUUGGCAAAGCUUCACGCAGCCGAUACCAGUAGAAGAAGGAAGUUGCUUGAAAGGCAGAAGGAAGGAAGGAAGAAGCUGAGAGCUGUUGGCAACGUCGUUAUUGACCAGAAAGCAUUCCAGGGCUUCUUGGCGAAAUGA